UUCACUUGUAUUCGACUCUUUCCGACGGCUGCAACAUCUUCCGAAUUUCCUCCAUUUCCGUCGAGGGCAGAGAGGUUUUAAUGGGUGUCAUUGGUUUUCAGAAUCCUGCUGAUUUUUGCCUGAUUAUGUCCAAAACGGGUCUUCGUCAAGUGGGGUUGACGCAAAGACCCAGUUUUUCAUUUGAAGGGAAUCAGAGGAAGCUUGUGGCCAUGGCAUCUACUAUUCCUGUAGAACAGGUCAAUAAGGGUUCCUUGCAGUUGAAAGGUGACUCCUUCAUCAGGGAGCAUUUGAAGAAGUUAGCUCCUUAUCAACCCAUUUUGCCUUUUGAGGUUUUAUCUUCUCGCCUAGGACGCAAGCCGGAGGAUAUUGUCAAGUUAGAUGCUAAUGAAAAUCCUUAUGGUCCUCCUCCAGAGGUAUUAGAUGCCCUGGGAUCAAUACAAUUCCCAUAUGUCUAUCCUGAUCCACAGAGCCGCAGGUUGCGUGCAGCCCUUGCCCAAGAUUCAGGCCUUGAAUCUGAAUAUAUUCUUGCAGGAUGUGGUGCAGAUGAGCUUAUUGAUUUGAUCAUGCGUUGUGUGCUUGAUCCAGGAGACAAGAUUGUGGAUUGCCCUCCAACCUUUACAAUGUAUGAAUUUGAUGCUGCAGUCAACGGAGCACUUGUCAUCAAAGUUCCAAGGAGGGCAGAUUUUAGCUUGAAUGUGGAACGCAUCACAGAUGUUGUUGAACAAGAGAAGCCCAAAUGCAUAUUUUUAACGUCUCCAAAUAAUCCAGAUGGAAGUAUGAUUGAUGAUGAAGUUCUCUUAAAGAUACUUAAGCUUCCGAUACUAGUGGUGCUGGAUGAAGCAUACAUUGAGUUUUCAGGAAUUGAAUCAAGGAUGACUUGGGUGAAGAAACAUGAUAAUUUGAUUGUUCUUCGGACAUUUAGCAAAAGAGCUGGUUUAGCUGGACUUCGUGUGGGAUAUGGAGCAUUUCCUUUGAGUAUAAUUGAGUAUAUUUGGAGAGCAAAGCAACCUUAUAAUGUAUCUGUUGCAGCUGAAGUUACUGCAUGUGCGGCAUUGCAAAAUCCUAUCUAUCUCGAGAAUGUUAAAGAUGCUUUGGUGAAAGAAAGAGGUAGGCUUUAUGAUCUUUUGAAGGAAGUUCCAUUUCUUCGACCAUUUCCAAGCUAUUCGAAUUUCAUUCUUUGCGAGGUUUCAUCUGGAAUGGAUGCAAAGAAAUUAAAGGAGGACCUUGCACAAAUGGGUGUGAUGAUUCGUCACUACAACAGUAAAGAGCUUAAAGGAUAUGUUCGUGUAUCUGUUGGGAAGCCUGAACACACUGACGCCUUAAUGAAGUGCCUUACAUGUCUAUCAUAGUUGUUGUGUUCAGGAACUAUUUCUUGGAAUCUCUUAAUUUAAGAACAUAAAUUUGAAUUUAAUAGAUGUUUACACGUUAUCAAGAAAUGUUGUUGCUAAACUUCCCAAUUCCCUUGGCAAAGGGAAGUUGAUGAAUUCUACCCCUUUUUCCCUGAAGUUAAUCAAAAGCUCAAAACUAGAUAUAUGUUUUUUUGGGCAAUGUUUUGAAGCAUUUCUUGAAUCUUGCUCAAUGUG